AUGGCAGUAUAUCUCGAUGAGGAAUUCAACAAUAAAGUCUUAGGCAUGAAAGUAUGUCUGAUGCAUAUCAUAUCAUCUAUCCCGUGGUCUACUCAGAUCGGGUUUGUCGAGUCUGCAGAAUCCCAGCCACGACUCGCAAUGUCGGUUGACGAUUAUCCCUUCCGCCACUCGCGGCCUGUUGAGGCUAGCGAGCUACCGGAUGGCUAUUUUCAUAUUAUUCCUUGUCGCCUAAUUUCUCCCCCUCUUGACAGCAGCGUCAUCGACAGGGCAAAGGAUGACUGGAGCCGAGCUGUUGGUAAGGAGCUCUCUGUAUCCCUUUUGGACGAAAAAGACUUCUCUAGUUUUCCACAUGUAUACCCGGAAUGUCCACCAAGCAAGAGGGGUUUUAUGCUUCAAUUUGUUACCAUUGCCACGUUGUGGAACGGUGUGUUAUGUGUCUUCCCCACCUAUCCUGCCUCAAUCCGGGUUUAUGCCACUGCUUUUAUUAUUGACCUGCGCCAGCACCAAGCAAUUGUGGAUGACCUUGCCUUGGCAAUCAUGUCUAGGGUCAAGACGGGCACCUCAAUUGCAUGCGAUUAUAAAAUCAAUAAUAUUUACUAUAGCGCACUUACAGGAAUACUUCCGCAGCUUGGGUGCCGAGAUGAUGAGCAGAAUACUGUUCUGAAAGAAUUCCUGGCGAUACUGCGAUCUCAGCCGAUGCCCUCUCUGAACCAAAUAACAUUUGAUGCAUACAAAGAACAGAUAAGUAAAAGUAAUGCUGGAAUGUAA